GCCAGUACUCGUGCAUCCCGAGUGUCUCUUUCGUGCCACUCUGAGCUAGCAUCGGGGGCUGGGGCUUCUCGAAGGCUUAAAAGGAGAGUAGGCGAUCGACCCAGCAGGAACAAGGUACACUGAUCUUUCGGUGCUAGGAAGAAGCCCUGCGCCCUUCACAAUUAAUGGCCGGCCGCGCUGCCUCUUCGAGCUCCUUUCUGCUCCUGGCUGCUCUCAUUUCUGCUGCGUUCCUCUUCGACGUCGGCGACGCUGGAGCGGCGCACCAGGUGGUCGACCCGCAGUGGCAUCAGGCCACCGCGACGUGGUACGGCAGCGCCGAGGGCGACGGCAGCGAUGGCGGCGCGUGCGGGUACGGGUCGCUGGUGGACGUGGCGCCGAUGAAGGCCCGGGUGGGAGCGGUGAGCCCGGUGCUGUUCAAGGCCGGCGAGGGGUGCGGCGCCUGCUACAAGGUGCGGUGCCUCGACCGCGGCGUCUGCUCGCGCCGCGCGGUGACCGUCAUCAUCACCGACGAGUGCCCCGGCGGGUACUGCGCGCAGGGCCGCACCCACUUCGACCUCAGCGGCGCCGCCUUCGGCAGGCUCGCCGUCGCCGGCCACGGCGGUCAGCUGCGCGACCGCGGCGAGAUCUCCGUGGUGUUCCGCAGGACGCCGUGCAAGUACCGGGGGAAGAACAUCGCCUUCCGCGUCGUCGAGGGCUCCACCAGCUUCUGGCUCUCGCUACUGGUGGAGUUCGAGGAUGGCGACGGCGACAUUGGCUCCAUGCAGCUCAAGCAAGCGAACUCAGCGCAGUGGCAGGACAUGAAGCACAUAUGGGGUGCCACCUGGAGCCUCACACCAGGCCCACUGGUGGGACCGUUCUCUGUGAGACUGACGACCCUGGCUACCAAGAAGACUCUCUCAGCCAAAGAUGUCAUCCCUCGGAACUGGACUCCCAAGGCCACCUACACCUCUCGCCUCAACUUUGCAUAGAAGACCCAACACUGGUGCCUUUCGCAAAAAAAAAAAAAAAAAAAAACACGGUGCCAGGUUCGGUCAGCACGGUGGUAGAUUAUUGGGCUUGCAUUGUAUCAUGUAGCCUUAUUCGAUUCGCUUGUGAAUGUGCAUGCCAGUUACUUAUGUCUUAUAGUGGUCUAAGAUAAUACUCCGUAGUAUUUAGACUCGGAGACUAGACUUGAUUAGCCCUCUCCAAAGUGGAGAGAGAGCGUGAUGGGUCAGUUUUUGAGCGGGUAAUCUCUGUAACCAUGAUACUAAGGUGUGAAUGCAUGAUGCAAGAUAA